GCCACCGUUGCGCGAGGACAUACUUUUGUGAGCGACGUUCUUUCGUGCGGGACAUUUAAUAAUAUUUAUGACAGAAAAGUGUGUUCAAAAAUCGUUACAACUUAUUGCCCUUCUACCAACAGCAGUCCAGCAUUUUUCGGCUAUAAACAUUAAUUUUCCAGAAGCGAGAUGAAUCCACUUCUAAGCGAGUGCAGAUCAAUACACCAAUAAUUUAAUAAAAAUAAAAAAUAGUUUGCGAUGAAAGGCACAAAUAAACCAUCAAAUUGAAAAAUGUGGAUUUUCGCGCAUUUCGUCAUCGGAGUGGAUUUAAAUUGUCAUUGGCACGAAUUUUCCGUUUGUGGCACCAACGACGAUGAAGUGGAGAACAGCGAUGUUGACUCUUGUGAGUUUAAGGUCAACUACGGGUUUAAGGACAAUUUGGCAUGUACGUCAUUUAUCCGGCAGAUGAACUUUUUAGAAUCUACGAAAACCCCUUUCGUCAAAACGGAUUAACUUCCGCAUUUCCACGUCGCCUUUCCAAGAGUGGAAACGACGACAGAAAACAAAAGGCUAUCACUGCCAAUCACAAAAACGAUAAAAAUCGUAAAGAAACAUUGGAGGGACAUAUAAAGUUUAGUAAAACUGCCUCCGCAAAAAACGGUAGUCAGAGAACUCGUGUCAGAGAUAGAAACUCAAAAAAAGCUAUUAUGCAAAAUACUCGAAACCUCGUAGAAGAGGGUACCAACCCCCUCAAGGAUCUCACGCAUGCUAGCUGCAAUGAACCACUCAAACAGCACAAUGGCAAUGCUGUCAAACUUGUCCAGAUUGUAUCGGAAUUUGCCCAAGAAUUGGGUGGUGCAAUGGAGAUUCAUUCCGCCAACGUGCGUCGGCUGGUCGACGAUUUUCGAAAUCGAGCCGGAGAAUCCAGAGAUUCGAGUGGAAUGCGAAGAGUUUGGGAGAGUUUGUUGCGGCAGGUCGAAGCUGACGCGACAGCCCAUCUUGAUCUUGCCGCAGUUUUACAACAGCAGUUGUCAAGACCGGCUUUGGAAGCUAGUUUCCACCGGAAGGUUCAAUCCAGAAAGAUAUUUGCGCAUCGAGAGGCUUUUGAGCAAGUAGUAAGUAAGGCGGAGGAGAAAUUGCAGCGAGCCAGGGCAGAUUACAAAAGAGCUUAUGCGGCUUUAUUGAGCAGUGAAAGCGGAAAUGAUCAGGAAUUGAAGCGAGCCUAUUUGGAGACCCACAACGCCUACGUUCUUCAACUAAGGGCUACCAACGCAAUUACCGAGCGAUAUCAAUAUCAAUGCCUCCCCGUUCUCAUGGGGGAAAUCGCCGAUGUCUACGAGGAAUUAUGCGGACUUGCCUGCAACUGUAUUGCUGGAGUUUCAGAAGCUGCUGGAGAACGUGCUUUGGAACAAUCAAAACGAUAUCAAAAUGUUUCCAAGGAAGCUCGUGCUAUCACUCCUCAAGCAGAUUUGCAGUUUUUGGCACGAACUCUGUCGACCACUGCUUCUCCACGAAAGCCACCUCGUCGCUUGUUCGUACCGCCUGCCCCACCGGAACAGGUACCAGUUGAAAGGCUCAAUCAAGUUCCUGCUUUGAGGGAUGAGCUGGUACCAACUGGGACCAGUGCUGUACCUUUAAUGGAGGAUUUGCAUAGGGAAUCUGAAAGUUUGACACAGGAGAUUGGACGUCUACAGGAUGCCCUUGAUGCUUUGACUCGGAUGCAACGGAAAAGCGUUGAAGGAAAUGUUCAUACAAAAAUUGCUGAGCUUCAGGAAGAUAUUUCGAUGAAACGCUUCGAUCUGGGAGUAGCUCAACUUCACUUAUCUGCGGCACAAGCACAGAAGGAGCUCUUCGGAGCCGGGGAGGCUGGGCAGCCAGAUGGGGUGAGCAGCCGGAAAAUGUCGAAUGGCUCGACGGAAAGUACCAAGCACAAAUGGCUAAAAGCGUUCAAAAGUUUGAAGACCAGCUCACCCACGACGCCACCGCCUGCAGAAAAAGGAAAGCAGGCCAUGUACCAUGCAGUUUCCACAGUAGUUGCCAUGUCCAGGAAAAACUUGGAGUCAGAAGGCGGUCACAUCUGGCGUGAAUACACUUAUCGGAAAAUCACACCUUGCGAUGCUUGUGGUCAGGUACUACGUGGACAUAGUCGACAAGGUUUUCGCUGUCGGGGUUGCAAAGCCAACGCACACGCCGAUUGUAUGAGUUCCGUACAACCUACUAAUUGUCCGAGUUUGGCAUCAAAACGAGGAGGCGGAAUUCCUCUGCUUCGAAGACAAAAGCAGUCCGUACCUUCGACCGACGAGAAUCCACCUUCGGAACACAGCGUGGAUGCCAUAUACCAGGUGCUGAAGCAGGCUGGUGAGAUUCGUGGAAAUUCAACAAAUUCACCACCUACGCCUCCCACAGCAGAUCCUUCCGGUGCAGCACCUUCGUCAGCGAGGACCUCUUCCCAACCCUGUUCCUCGUCCACCUCUGCGCCACACAGUCCACAACGUAGAAGAGAGAGACUGAAUUUGAGGAUGAAGAGUCUAAGUUUGGACUCUCCAGAAGGAUCAGCUCAUAUUCGCCAUCGUCCGCGUGAUUAUCAUGCUGCUGGUCAUAGGGAUUCAUACACACCUCCACGACGAUCUGAUAGUGGAAGUAUCAACAGAUUAUCGCCCUGCAGUCCAGGUCAAGGGCACGGGGUUCACAAGCACUUGAGGGGCACAAUAAGAAUGUCCAGUGUUGAACUGCCAGACGAAAAUGAAAAAUCCUAUUCCUCAGCGAGCACCUCACCUUGUCCCUCGCCACACACUAACAACCAAAACCAUCUGAAUCCACCUGGGAAACGUGUCUUACCACCAAAUAAUCUCUACGUAGUCUUAUACAACUUUGAAGCUAGACAUCGGGACGAAUUAGACUUAAAAGCUGGUUUCAAAGUUUCGGUAAUCGAUAAAUCAGAAAAGGACUGGUGGAAGGGCAAAUGUUUAGGUGGUCGAGCUGGAUAUUUUCCCAGUGCUUAUGUGAUGAGAGUCGAUCCUGGUCAAAAAUCGUUACAAGUUACUAGAAAUUUACAACUUGCUGACCAAACAACACUCUUACGAGAUCAGAUCGUUUUGCAAGUGGGUGAAGAGCUUGAUGGGGUGGCGAUGGUUAGAUGUGCUGCUGAUGUUCGAUCAUCAGAGCAGACUUCGAAUGAAGGGGAAGUACAAUUCAAGGAAACACUUUGUCCUUUGAAAUAUCUGCAGGAAGUGUGACAACAGCCUUUCGAAGAAGAAGAACGUCGCUACAGAAUCCCCCGUCAAGGAUGGGUUCCAAUUCCAGAAUCCUGUGAGGAUUUAUCACGCCCCACGUCUUCAACAUCCGCCAACCAAACUGGAGAAAUCAUCGUUUGCGAUUUCACGAAACGUGGCAACUGGUCCUCAGUUCGGAUCUCCCGAGCCAUAAUCUUCCAAACUUCUCCUGAAACUGGUCAAUAUUCGAGGAAACGAAACCAAAACUCCACUUCAAGUCAUCGGAGCACUUCCGAAAAAUACUACGAUUGUUUCCAGUGUGCCGAAAAGUGCCGACACCUUUCUUUAAAAAACAGUUACAAGUACAACAAAUCUAAUAAGAAUUCUUACAUUUCUAACAAGAACUCCUAUACUUCUAAUAAAAACUCGUAUAAUUCUAAUAAGAACUCUUAUAACUCUAACAAGAAUUCUUAUAACUCGAAUAAGAACUUUAAUAAUAAUAACUGCAAUAAAAAUUCGAACAAGAACAAAAAUGUCAGUAAAAGUGCUAAGAUGAGCAAUGAUUCCAAAAAGAUCAACGACAUCCUAAAUGGAAAGAAAAGCUACUUCCAGA